CAGCUUUCGGCAGUUAUUCUCACAGUCAGUUUCACUUGGCACGAAUACCAUUCAAUCGAUCGGUACAGUGAUAGAUAGAUAAAUUCAUAAGAGUAUGAAGCCUUUCGCCGCGUUUGUUCUCACUUUCUUGGCGCUUCCGUCGGUCGACGCGCUGGCACCGAAUUCUUUCCCGACCAAGAAGCAUAACCCGUCAUUGCUUAGGCCUCAAAAGCUCAUUUCAGAAAAGACGGCGCCUCUUAUCAAAGAAGCAUGCGUUACAAGCAUUGCUCACAAUCGACAAGCUGUUACACACAAGAAAUGGGGUGUCGACAAUGCCUUUGCCGACGAAUACUGGUACGAUAAACGUAUUCACACGUUGGGCAACGUUGGCUUUUGGGGCGCUGUCCAUGCCGCCUGCGCCCCCCUAUCCACAAAGUUAAUUGAUGUUUUGGCAUACGAAGGCGUCGAUAUUCGUCAAAAGGUUUCGAACGAGUUAAAAGCCAUUGUACGAAAAACAAAAGAGGCUCGGGUUCUUGACUUGUGCUGUGGAGUCGGUAUCUCUACACGAGCCCUUCGAAACGCAUUUCCCGAAGCAAAGACUGUAAUGGGGAUUGAUACGUCUUCGGAGAUGGUCGAAAUGGCAAAGUUUCUGACGCGCCACUUAUCCUUUGUCAAGCCACUCUUUGGUCAAUUGUCAGUCGAUGUUUCCGUUGGCUACACUGUUUUGAAGGAACAAGGGAAAAAGAUCAAAAAGGCGGCGAAUGAGGCCGCAGAAUUCGUCAAGGCGAACGCGGAAGAUACCAAGUUUCCGGACCAGUCCUUCGAUCUUGUCACGGUAAUGUAUGCGUUUCACGAAGCCCCCAAGCUUGGCCGCGAAAAGAUCCUCAAGGAAGCGCGUCGAUUGCUUCAGCCUGGUGGCACGCUUGCUGUCAUUGACAUCAGCACCGAUUAUAAACCGUCAAGUACUAUGCUGAAAGGCGAACCCUACGUUUUAGAGUAUCAGAAAAACAUUCAUCAUCAGCUGGAGUCGCUGAAAGGCUUCCUUCGUCCCGAGUAUAAGACACUCGUCCCAGGUCAUGUUGGCAUGUGGAUUUUGAGGCGGUCUCCAAACGCUGUGGCUUAGAAAGGUUUUUUCCCCGUAAUGAACACAUCCCCAAGCUCAAGACUUUUCACGGAAAUACAGUUCCUCCAGGCGAACACGAGUAAAUGACUGGACCAAGUGGUCCUAGAGGAGAACCUCGAAUCUAUCUUCGCCACCGACAAAAUACUACCGUAUCGAGGUUUCUCAACGUCAAUUAAUAGUAUAUACAAAAGCUCGAACCCAGCAAAAACACGUCCAAUAAGUGGAAUAUUUGUACUUCGUCU